AAGCCAGAGUUGCUGAGAAUCCGAUGGAAUGGCCUUAGUUAACCUGCGGAAGAACUUUGGUCAGAGGCUCCGCAGAGCUCUGUGGACACUGAAGAAGCCUGAGUUGAAUCCCCUGCAGCCAGUAGCCCAGGGGCGUUGGUCCCCCUGGCUCUGUGUGGCCUGUGCGGAUCCGACAGGCCCCUUCAGAGUCAGGUUCCACCAUGCAUGCUGCCAGGACUUCCAUUCAGAAAAUGGAAAGGACCUCAGCAACCUCCACCACACAGCCUCUACAGUUCAGGAUAGGGAUGAGAUGCAGCAGAAUCACAGUAGUUUGGACCAGCAGCUGUUUAACAUGAAGCUGGAUAACUGUGCAUCCUCUAAGGAGGUCUUAGAGCUUCUCUGCCCCCUGCUGCAGAGGCUGCCUGAUGCCCUGGCUGCCCGAGCCUUGCAGCACAUUUGUGAAUUGGAAACCAAAGCUGGGGACAGGACACUGCCCAGGGAGGUCCUGGAGAGCAGCAUCUUCCAAGCUCUGUGUGAGCCCUUCCAGCAGGCGCCCACCGAUCUAUCCCAUGCAGGUCUGCUGACAGCUCUGCAAGCCCUCUCUUUGCUGCAUGUGGGUCCCCAAAAUGCCCAGAGCAGUUUGCUACUGAGCCUGGUGGCUGAAUCAAAGAGGCGUCUCCAAAGGGGGGACCUGGAUGCACACAGUCUCUGCAUCCUGGGGGAGAGCCUCCUGAAACUGCAUGGGCCCAGUAGUUCCACCCUGGAGGUGAUCAUGCAUCAGUUGCAAGCAGAGAAGUUGGAAGCAUUCAGCCCCGACGACAUCGUGGCCCUGUACUGCAUCCUACAGGCAUGUCCCGAGAAGCUGGACCAGCACCAGCUGUUCCUGAACCGGAUCCACAAUUUCUCACUCUCCAUCCUUCCCUACCUGAGUCCCGCAGGCCUCACUCGGAUGCUCACUGCCCUCACGGUUCUGGAUCAAACGCAGGCCCUCCCGCUAGUGAUCAGACUGGGCAAGUACGUGGUGAGGCAGCUCCCAAAGUUCACUGAUGACCAGCUGGGCCAAGUCUUAGAUGCCUUCGUCCACUUUGGCCACAGUGACCGCUUUUUCAUGCGAGUCCUGGAGCAGCACGUGGUUUCCCGUGCUCAGUCGCUGGACCCCGAGAUCCUAGGCAAGAUCCUGGGGUAUUGCAACGGCAAAUGCAUCCUCUCUGCACCCAUCCUGGAUGCUGCUGCCCAGACCUUCCUGUGCCAGUCGGAAAAACUCUCCCCCGCUCAGGUGUGUCAGUUCCUGGAACCCUUCGGAAAACUCAAUUACGUGCCCCCACAGGCCUCCACCAUGUUUAGGAAGCUGGAAAACAGGCUUUUGACUCAGUUCAAGUCCUUCCCUCCAAAAUCGCUAUUGAAGCUUCUCCACUCGUGUUCGCUGCUGGAACAUCAUCCAGUCAACUUCAUGGCCAAGAUCUUCAGCCCGUAUUUCCUUCAGCAGCUGCAAGGUGAGGACCCCCAUCUGGACAGGCUGAGCCUGGCCCAGCUGACACAGCUCUUCCUCACUUCCAUCCUAGAAUGUCCCUUCUACAAGGGUCCCAAGCUUCUCCCUAAGUUCCGCGUGAAGUCCUUUCUGACUCCUUGCUGCUCCCUGGAGACACCAGUGGAGUUUCAACUGUACAAGUCAGUGAUGCAUGGACUCAUCGACCUCCUGGGAGCAAGAUGGUAUUUCGCCUCCAAAGUAUUGACCCCGUAUUGUUACACACUUGAUGUCGAGAUAAAAUUAGAUGAGGAGGGGUUUGUUUUGCCAUUCACAGUGAAUGAAGACAUCCACAAAAGGAUAGCACUUUGCAUUGACGGGCCCAAGAGGUUCUGCUUGAACACCCAGCAUCUACUGGGGAAGGAAGCCACGAAACAGAGACACCUGCGUCUGCUGGGCUACCAGGUGGUGCAGAUCCCUUUUUAUGAGCUUGAGAUGCUGACGUCAAAGAUAGAGCUCGUGGACUACUUGCAGAAGAAACUUUUCUCUCAGAGCACUGGAGUGCACUGGUGACAGAAGAGUGGCUCAGCCUCAGGCGUGUCCUUGGGGACCCGUGUACACAGAGGCCUCUCAAGCAGGACAGAAGAGCCGGUGGAGUGUGUAUAUGCUCCAGAAGAGCCCAUAUACUGUGUAUAUGUUGACCAGCAUAAAUUUGAAUUUAUGAUUCUCCUUAUUUAAUUAUCAGCAUCAAUGAUGCUUUU